UUAUUUUUUUUAUGGUGGCCCAAUUAGCAAUAUUUAGCCUGAGGCCCUGAAUCCAUAUUUCAAAUCCUCACUACUGCGCACUCAACUUUCUUCCUUCCUUUCUUUCGUUCUCAUCAUCAAAGAGUCGCUUCAAAGUUCAAACCUUUGAAUUAACAAGAAACUAAGAACAACUCUGGUCCAUGGAUGCCGAAGCUUCAUCGUUCGAAACCAGCGAGGUUUUGGCUACUUUCUUGGCAUCCACACCAUUGCUAUCGGAGUCAUGGAGGCUAUGCAGUAUCGCCAACAGCACUGCGCAGGGCAGUUUUGUCUCGGAUCGAGUUGGAGAUGUUGGUUAUAUUGCUUUUUCUGGCAUCCAAAUGGCUGGUAGCUUAGAACCCAGUUGCAGAAACUUGGUGCCAUUGGAGAGCGCCGGGAACAACCUGUUCUUCCGAACAAACCGCCUCAAUGAAGGGGAGGAACCGGUCAAGGUGAAUGAAGGGAUGUUACAUCUCUUUCUGUCUAUGUACGUUUCCUCCAGUUUCAAAGAACAGGUUUCGGCACUAGUGGACGGAAGCAAGUCAAUUAUUGUCACAGGCCAUUCAAUAGGAGGAACAACAGCCUCUCUUUGCACUCUUUGGCUCCUCUCUUACCUCCAAUCUGUGUCCUCUCCUUUACAAGCCCUCUGCAUCACAUUCGGCUCUCCAUUGCUCGGCAAUGGCUCCCUUUCCCGAGCAAUCCUGCGAGAAAGAUGGGGUGGCAACUUCUGUCAAGUAGUCUCAAAGCAUGACAUCAUGCCGAGACUGCUUUUUGCUCCUCUGACAUUAUCCCUCGCUCCUCAACUGCAUUCCCUGCUGCAAUAUUGGCACUUCUCCAUGGAUUCUCCACAGUUUGGCAACCUAGUCCAAUUGCGCGAUGAAGAUAAAGCUGAUCUCUUUCGAUUUGUCUUGUUUCAUAUGGAAGGUUUAGCACAUGCAGGAGAAGAGACCAGUUUGUUUUGUCCGCUGGGGAGCUACUUGUUUUGUUCUGAAGAGGGAGCAGUUUGUGUGGAUAAUGCUGCAUCUGUGACUAAGAUGAUGCAUUUGCUGCUUAUGACCGGCUGUCCGAGUAGCAGUAUUGAGGAUCAUCUCAGCUAUGGAGAUUAUGUGGGAAAAUAUUCCGUACAGUUUAUGAACCAGAGAAGCUUCAUGCAAGCCGAUCUUCCUGAGACGAGCUAUGAAGCAGGGGUUGUUAUGGCGUUGCAGUCUUUAGGGAUAGAUAGCCAGCAAUCAGUUACUGGAGCAGCAAAAGACUGCCUGAGGAUGGCGAGGAGGAUGGGUCGCACUCCAAACCUGAAGGGUGCCGAGCUGGCUGUCCGCUUAUCGAAAUAUGUACCUUACAGGGCUGAGAUAGAAUGGUACAAAGCAUCUUGUGAUGAGUCUGAUAAUAACAUGGGGUACUAUGAUUGCUUCAAGCAAAGGGUAUCGAACUCAAAAAGGGAGCACAGGGUUAACAUGAACCGGAUCAAGCUUGCUAAUUUCUGGAACGAUGUAAUCUCUAUGCUAGAUAACAAUCAACUUACUUAUGAUUUUGAUAGGCGAGACAAAUGGAGAAACACUUCCCAGUUCUAUAAACUACUGGUUGAGCCACUGGACAUUGCUGAAUACUAUAGAAAAGGUAUGCACCGUGUCAAGGGCCAUUACCUGAAGUAUGGAAGAGAGAGAAGGUACGAGAUUUUUGAUAGGUGGUGGAUAGAGAAAGAGGGAAGGUCUAGAGGGAGAGAAUAUAAGAGGAGCAAAUUCGCAAGCUUGACUCAGGAUUCAUGCUUUUGGGCGAGGGUGGAGGAAGCAAGAGAAUGGCUUGACAGCUUCAGAAGUGAAAGUGACAUGACUAAGCUGGAUCUGUUGUGGAAGAAUAUUGAUGCGUUCGCAAAGUAUGCAACGGAAUUGGUGGAGAGUAAAGAAGUGUCUAUAGACGUUCUGGCUAAGAAUUCAAGCUAUAGUUUGUGGGUGAAAGACUACGGAGCAUUAAAAUCAGAGUUACAGCUGCAGCACUUCCCUCCUCAGUUUCCGAGUUUUGUGGAAGGGGAGAUGGUUCCUUAGACUAUUCUCCAGGGUGAUUAUGUUUUACACUGCAUAUCUAAAUAAUGCUUGUAUGUUUGGUACAAUAUGGCUUGUAUUUACUUGGAUGCAUAUCUUAUGCAGAAACAUUCCUACCUUAAAAUAGCUGUACGAACCAUUGCUGACAGAGAAGCACUAUAGUUGCCUGCCA